CACAGCACUCUCAUUUCUUCUCAGCUUUACGACUUGACCUAUUACAUCUGUCAGGAUGGAGACUGUUAUGACAAUAAAGAACAUGACCUUCAAGGUUAGACAAACCCUGACUGUUGUUGGAGUUGUUAAACCUGAUUCCAAAGAGUUUGCAGUGAAUAUUGGCCCCAGUGACGACAGAAUUGCACUUCAUCUCAACCCUCGUUUUAACGCCAGGGGAGACACAAACAUCAUUGUUUGCAACACUUUCGAGGCAGACAAGUGGUGUCAGGAGCAAACGGAGAAAUGCUUUCCUUUCAGCCUGGGAAAGGACUUCAAGAUUGUCAUCAGAUUCACUCCUUCAGAGUUUGAGGUGACUUUACCAGGUGGCUCAACAUUUCGUUUCCCCAACCGCCUCGGUGCACAGGAAUACUCGUUCAUGAGCUUUCAUAAGGGUGCUCGCAUUCAAAGCAUUGAGAUCAAGUAAAUCUCUUUCCUCUCUUGAAUUGCUGGAUUGAAAUUUUUGUUUUCUUUUUCACUUUGUCUAGCAGCAGGUGAUAAUGUUGCUCUAGGUCUUCAGCUUCUUCAGAAAUUGAGUUUGUUGAGAGCAAAUCCAAACAGAUGGACUCCUAAAGAAUCAUAACCUUUUUGUAAUGUUUUGCUAGCAAGAACCACAUACAGUACAGUGUGAUCAGGUUUUCUUUAAUGUGCCUUUAAAUGCUUCUUUGUUAGUUAUUUGCUAUAUUUUGAUUCUUAUCUGUAACAGCAUCAAU